AUGGAACACCACACUCCGUCGGCAGCACAGCUCCUUCGGAAAACUCAACGGCUUUCCAUUGCUGGGGCUACCAGGGCAUCCAUCGGUAUGCGCACGUCUAACUCAUUUGAGUCCGCUAAAAGAAGAUCGACUCUACUUAUGACUCCAGCUUCAAAUAAGCGUCAAAGCGUAUAUGCCGUUAAUGGCAACUCCGAGGCUCCUGGAUCGUCCCAGACGGUGAACUCGCAGUCUCAACAGUUUUCUCAGAAUCUGUUCCCCUUGUCCGAAAGACGAGAUCAGCGUCCAUUGAGGGAUCGCAACUACCAGACAUUGAUCCUGGAGGAAAUCUACGACUUUCUUGUGACAAACAAAUUCGAGCUCGAGAUGAACCAUCCUAUCACGAAGAAAACGCUUCGGCAGCCCACACAGAAGGAUUUCGUACUUAUAUUUCAAUUUCUCUACGGGCGAAUAGACCCUCAUUAUAAGUUCACCAGGGCCAUUGAAACAGAGGUGUUUCUGCUUCUCAAAAUCUUGAAUUAUCCAUAUUUGGAUGGAAUCAACCGCUCGUCAAUCAGUGCUGUGGGUGGCCAGAAUUGGUCGGCUUUUCUAGGCAUGUUGUACUGGCUAGUUAAACUUAAUUUGUCCCUUCUGAAUCUCAACGAAGACUCGCUAAUAGCGCCUGACGAUGUGUUCGACCGCGUGUUUAUUAAAUAUAUCAUCUCAUCAUAUCGAGCGUUCAUUGACCAGAAGGAGGAUUAUACGGAGUUCUAUGAGGAGAUGAAACAGGCGUUCGACACUGCCAAUAACGAUGUGAUUCUUGCGUUAGAAGAAAAGCAAAAGGCUGGCGAGACACUUCGCAAAGAGUUUGACCAACUUAAUAAACAGUACAGUGAGCUAGAAGAGGCCGAGGCGAAGUCAAAGGCGUUGGAGAACGAUUUGAAGCAGUUUUCGAACUACAUGAUGCAGAUGGAGGCUCGCCAGGCCAAGUGGGGUGAACUAUUGCAACAGAUGCAGACAGGAAUCGAGCAGGCGGAGCAACAGCUUGUGGAUCUCGAGACCGAGAAGAAAACUUUCGAAAACAUAAUCUCCACCAAAGGAUACUCAAUCAGUGAUAUUGACAAGCUGAAUAUGGAACGUGACAAGUUGUCCAAAGCCAUUGAUUCCACUUACAAUCGCAUCAAAGAUGCAGAAGAUGGCAUGACGAAGAAGGAACAGGACCUUCGGCAGAGCUUGCAGAGUCUUGAAAGCUUUGUCAAUCAAUACAAUCUAAUGACACAACGCAUUCCUGUUUCCGAGAACCAACUGUUUGAACUCUCGAUUAAUACAUCAAUAUUGGAAGAAAAUGCCAAACUCGAUCCAGAACACAUUCUUAAUAAGACGCUACGCGAGGAAAAGAUUCGACUCCUAGAGAGCCGCUCCGAGCUCACUCAAGAAAUCCACCGCAUUCAAGAAGACAAUUUUAAGGUUGGCGAACAGGUGGAUCAAUACUCAGAAAAGAUCUUUGAUCAGCAAGAGUACAUCGAAGGACUAGAGGCUGAAGUGACAAAGAAUAAAUUAACGCACGACGAAAUACUCGAUACAAUGUUGAGCGAAGGUACUAGCUAUACAGCGCAAAUCGAAAAAAUGCAGCGAGAGUUACAAGGAAUGCAGAUCAACGUGAACAAGGGAGUGAUUGAUGCGGAGACAAGACACAAAGAAUUAAACAUUAUGUUUCAAGAGUUGAAGUACCACAUCAAGGAACAAAGAGAGGUGAUGCACGAUACUGUUCAAAAGUUGAUCAACUAUGUGAUUCUGUUCAAGCUCAACGUCCAAGAGAACAUCGAAGAGCUUGAUAUUCUCACUCUUCGCGAGUUAAACGUCGAGGAACAGGCCCAAUAG